CAUAAUUCAUGUCCCCUGGUACACACUCCUAGAAAUUUUUUUAAAUGUGGCACGAUUUCAUCACUAAUCUAACCAUUUAUAAGGCCUCCAACCCACAUGGCCAAGACUUCAAUUCAUCUGCCAGCCAACGCCUGAAACCUCAAGUUGUCAGUAACAAAACCCAUUUUUUAUAUACCUCUCCUUCCAAAACAUUGAACAUAGUAAACUAAAUUUCCUUAGAAUAGUCGUUUAUGUAUAUUAUUCUAUAGUCUACCUUUGGUGGAAGAUGUGUUUCCUUUGGCACAAUCAAAAUCUAGAAACACACAAUUUUGUUUUUGUGCAUGGAAGAAGAGGAAGAGGACAAGACCAAUGUGAAGAGAUUCAAACGGAUUCUUCAAUAGAAACAAAGAAAGGAAAAUUCUCAAGCAUGGAUUUUAGCUUUUGUUUUACUCCUCCAAUCAUUCAUAACCUUGUACAUUUUCUUGUUGUUUUUUCUUUACUUUGUCCGGUUUUUUGUUCCUCAAAAAUUGACAACAACCCUGUUGUUAAUAACAACACUUUGAAACCAAAUCAAGAGUUGCAUAAAUUGAACUUCAUACAAAAUCAUCUUCAACAAAUCAAUAAACCUUCCAUUAAAACAAUUCAGAGUCCUGAUGGUGAUAUCAUAGAAUGUGUUGUUUCUCAUAUUCAACCAGCUUUUGAUCAUCCUCUAUUAAAAGGACAAAGACCAUUGGAUCCACCAGAAAGGCCUAAAGCUCAUAACGAAAUGGAUGAGAUGAGUGAGAAUUUUCAGUUAUGGAGAUCAUCCGGAGAAUCAUGUCCGGAAGGAACGAUUCCGAUCCGAAGAACAACAGAAGAAGACAUCUUAAGAGCUAAUUCUAUAGACACAUUUGGAAGAAAAUUAAGAAAACGUGUUAGAAGAGACACAAACAGCAAUGGCCAUGAGCAUGCAGUUGGGUAUGUGACUGGAAAUCAAUACUAUGGAGCAAAAGCAAGCAUAAAUGUGUGGGCCCCACGAGUUGCAAAUCAAUAUGAAUUCAGUUUAUCCCAAAUGUGGGUGAUUUCUGGUUCAUUUGGAGAUGAUCUAAACACCAUUGAAGCUGGUUGGCAGGUUAGCCCUGAGCUCUAUGGGGACAGUUACCCUAGAUUCUUUACUUAUUGGACGAGUGAUGCUUAUCAAGCGACUGGAUGUUACAAUUUAUUAUGUUCGGGUUUUGUUCAAACCAACAAUAAAAUUGCAAUUGGAGCUGCAAUAUCUCCAACUUCAGCGUAUACCGGAGGUCAAUUUGAUAUUAGUUUGCUCAUUUGGAAGGAUCCAAAGCAUGGAAAUUGGUGGCUCGAGUUCGGAUCGGGGAUUUUAGUCGGGUAUUGGCCAUCGUUUUUGUUUACGCAUUUAAAAGAUCAUGCGAGUAUGGUACAAUUUGGCGGGGAAAUUGUGAAUUCGAAUCAAGGGUCACACACUUCAACUCAAAUGGGGAGUGGACAUUUUGCUAGAGAAGGUUUUGGGAAAGCAUCAUAUUUUAGGAAUUUGCAAGUUGUGGAUUGGGAUAACAAUUUGAUACCCUUGUCAAAUCUUAGGGUUCUAGCAGAUCAUCCAAAUUGCUAUGAUAUACAAGGAGGAAUUAAUAAUGUUUGGGGGAAUUACUUUUAUUAUGGUGGACCUGGAAGAAAUGUGAAAUGUCCCUAAGGGAAUGAAGCAUAAAAGAAAGUGAUUCUUUGUUCUUUUGGGAAUUUUUGGGUUUGGGUGAUAUUGGUUCUCCUUUUGAAGGGCAUUCAAGGUGCUUGGGUUAUUUAUUCUUAUGGAUUUUUUUUAAAUGUUUGACUAAGAUGUCAUCCAUUGAUUAUACCAUUACUGCAUGGACUCUUAUGUAAAUCUUUAAAGAUAAAUAGAAAAUAUACUAUGUACCUUUAUUGGUA